AUGAAAUUGAUAAAACGAUUUCUGAUAAAAUUGUACUAUUAUUACUUGAAAUUGAUGGGCCUGUGCCCGUUUACCGUGGCGGUGCCCGAGCGCGAGUUGAAAUUUUCCCUGUCGGGCCUGAUCUACAACGCGCUGCUCGUGCUGCUCUACUCGUACUCGUUUCUCAACAUCUUCGUCAAUCGACUCAACAUCCAGAUAUUCAACGAGACCGCCCUGACUGUCAUCAUGGACGCGCUCACUCUGCAGCUGCAGAACUUGGCCGUCGUGACGUUCUGGAUUCUGGCGAUGGUCCGGCUGAAGGACGCGCGUACGAUCUUCGAGGCGGUCGGCGACUGCGAGAACUGCAGGCGCGAGCUGGCAAUGCCGUCGUAUCUCGACGAGAGGUAUCUCUACGUGACCUUGCGAUUCGUCGCGAUCAACGCGGUGUACUUCGCGAUAUGCAUCGUCGACUACCUGUUUCUGAUCAAGAACACGAGAUACAAGGAGAGAUCCGGCCACUGGCUCGUGUUCGGCGUCUGCUCCGUCGACGUCUUCGUCAUCUACGUGCUGUUCAUCGAGUUCAUGCUCUACGUCGAGUACUAUUGCGGCCGGGCGAACGAGGAGCUGCUGGUCCUGUCGCUCGAUCCCAUUGUCGACGUCGACGACUGCGUCGUCGCUCGCGUAUCGAGACGACUGGCCUCGAUAAACAAGCUGCAGAGAUCGCUGCGCGACGCGAUGCAGCUGGUGACUCGAUUUAUCGGCGUGCCCGUCACGUUCGUGAUGAUCGCCCACUUUCUCAGCCUGUUCACGGAUCUCUAUUACAUCUAUCAAGUGCUGAAGUCGAUGGCGUUCGACGACUACGUCGAAGCCUUUCUGGUGUGCUCGUUCUGGCUCAGUACCAAGUUCAUGGUGACUUACUUGCUCUGCUCGAUCGCCGACUCGACCUGCGUCGAGGUAAAUUUGUCAAUGCGAUCGCGUGCCUAG